AUGCAGUCCCAAAGUUGUUGGGAAUAUCACAAUGCGAACGAUGUGGAAGUCCGGAGUAGACAGGUGGAGAGUUGGAGAUACCCCAAAAGUGCCGAGGUCAACAAAACCCGCGGGGUAACAGUUGAACUUGUUCUUGAUCAUCACAGAAUGUCUAUCCAUCCCGCAGCCCUGGAGGCUCUUCGGAGCCGCCUCAACAACGCGACCAUCUACACGCCAGAUUCGGAAAAUUACAAACAGAGUCUGAUCCGCUGGUCUGAUACCGGCAUGAGACAUGCGGGAGUGGUAGUCCAACCCACUCAAGCGCCUGAGAUCUCCAUUGCACUUCUUUGGGCACAGGAAAAUGAUAUUGAAGUCGCCGUCAAAGGCGGAGGCCAUUCAAUUGCCGGGACGAGCUCAAGCGACGGCGGUCUGGUAAUCGAUCUGUCGCGAAUGAACGGGGUAUCGGUCGAUACCACCCGAAAGUCCAUUACUGCUCAAGGUGGAGCGACAUGGAAGGAAGUUGAUGAGGCUGGUGCGGCUCACGGAUUGGCUGCUGUGGGCGGCACGGUCAACCACACUGGCGUUGGGGGACUGACACUUGGAGGUGGAUACGGUUGGCUGAGCGGGCAGUAUGGCCUCACAAUUGACAAUUUGCUUUCCGCGACCGUGGUUUUAGCAGAUGGCCGUACCGUCACAGCCUCCAAUUCCGAAAAUGAAGACCUAUUUUGGGGAUUGCGGGGUGCUGGGUACAACUUUGGCGUCGUCGUCGAUUUCACCUACCAAGCCUAUGACCAGAAAGACCCUGUGUUCUCUGGUAUCCUUGGAUACACGCCCGACAAGCUUGAGGGGGUGGUGGGUGCCCUGAAUGAAGCUUUGGCGCACCCUGACUCACGGUUCGGGGCCAUGUGCAUCCUUACACUUGCCCCUGACGGCUCUGGACCCAUGAUCAUUCUGAUCGGGUUCUUUAACGGCUCUCGAGAGGAGGGACAGAGUAAGUUUGCUGGCUUCACAGCCCUUGAUCCUGUCCUCAACACCCUUGAUAUGAUUCCAUACUCCGUGGCCAACACGCUGCAGAACCCACAGGCCACGUAUGGCGAUCGCAAAUCUUUCAAGGGUAUUUUCUUCCAACCACCGUUAGAUCCACUGUUCGCAAGGACGAUUUUCAACGAUUUCAUGACGAAGAUUCAGUCUGAACCUGAUCUUGCAGCUUCGGCCAUUAUCCUCGAGUUCACCGAUAUGCGGGAAAUUUGCGAAGUACCCCUCGCCUCUACGUCGCUUGCCAGUCGCAACACCACUCAGAAUGGGAUCGUUUACCUCAGAUGGACUGAUCCGGCAAAGGAUCAAGAACACCGAGCAUGGGCACGGGAAGCUCAAGCUAAGUGGAAAGCUGAGUUGGAUGCUGCGACCCCGGACCAGGGCGACCAAUCAAGUGUCCCGCAAUACAUUAACUAUGCAGAGCCUGGCGACUCGAUCGUGUCCAACAUCUAUGGCGGGAACAUCGGCCGUCUACGAGAGGUCAAGAUCAAAUACGACCCCAACAACGUGUUCCACAAAAUGCACCCAAUCUCUACGAAUGCGUGA